UAUCUACAGGACAUCCGCAAGAAGUAUCCCUUGAAUGCUGAAGAGCUAGGCCGAAAUCCACGCACCAAACGACGUCUUUGGCAACAGUGUGAGAAUGCCAAAAAGACACUGAGCGGAGCGCAGUCGGCUACUAUUGAAGUCGAUGGACUCUUUGACGGCACAGAUUAUUCUUUCCAGGUGAACAGAAAAAGGUUUGAGAACGAAGUGAUCGGGAAAUACGUGAAAAAGUCGCUGGCUUGUGUAGAAAGGGUCCUGAAGGAUGCUGGCGUGGAUAGGAAAGCAGUAGAUGAGAUCGUUUUGAUAGGCGGAAGUACACGUUAAGGCAACUACGACCGAGAAAGCUGCAUCCUCUACUUGUUAGACAUCAUGAUCUAGAUCUCUUAGACAUCCCUUUUUUUUAAGGGGCCCACAAAGAAGUAACCUAGUAGUCUAGAAGGACACAUGCCUCAUUCCAUUCAAAGGAACGAAGAAGGAGAAGCCUUAUGCAAGGAUCAUAUGCCUGUCAAGGAGGAAGAUGUGGCGCGGUAGUUCUUCUAAACAUGGAUUCCAGGAGUUCAGAAAUCGAUUUCGGAUUAUUUUGGUGGAAAGGAGCCUAAUAAGAGUAUCAAUCCAGAUGAAGCAGUCGCAUACGGCGCCGCAAUCCAAGCUGCGAUAUUGAGUGGUGCUGGCGACACUUCCGAAAAGCUAAACGACUUGGUUCUUGUCGAUGUCACCCCACUCUCAUUGGGUUUAGAGACUGCUGGUGGUAUCAUGACGAAGUUGAUUGGUAGGAAUAGCACCAUUCCCACGAAGAAAGAGCAAAUUUUUUCAACCUAUGCGAAUAAUCAAACGUCUGUCGACAUUGUGGUGUAUGAGGGUGAACGUGCCAUGGCUAAGGACUGCAAUUUAAUGGGCAAAUUUCGCUUAGACGGCAUUGCUCCGGCACCUAGAGGAAUUCCGCAAAUAGCAGUAACGUUCGACUUGGACCCAAAUGGCAUUUUGAACGUGUCAGCGGUAGACAAGGCUAGUGGGAAAAAGUGCCACAUCACGAUUACAAAUGAGAAAGGACGAAUGAGCAAGAAGGACAUAGAACAAAGUAUAAGAGAAGCAGAGCAGUUUGCGGAUGCGGAUGUUACGGACGAUAACUGUCACAGAAGU